AAUUUGGCGGUUCAUGUGAGGAGGGGUGACGAAGAGCAGUGAUCGGGGUUGUCAUCUGGAGUCCAGUACUGUCAGACCUAAUGGAGAACAUUAAAGCCAGGUUCGUGUCCCAGAAGAUCAGUAAGACGCGCUGGCGCCCGGAGCCGGCCUCCUCUCUUCAGCCUCCGGAUCUGUUUGCUGUGGGCUCCUGGGAUAAUGAGGAAAACAAAGUGUCCAUAUGGUCCACUGGAGAUUUUGGAACAAUUAAUAUGGAUGAAGAUUACUUAGUGGAACCUAAAUUGUUGUGUGACAUCAGACACAGAGGCGAUGUAACAGACCUGCAGUUUUUAGAUCAAGAAAGAAUUGUGACAGCAUCUUCAACUGGAAGAGUAACAAUCUUUCGUCACCAUCAGACAAAUCAGACAUUGUCAGAAAAGCAGAAAUGGGAGCAUGCUCAUAGUCAUGCUGGCUCAAAUGAUGUAGGAGCACCGUGCACUGGCAUUGUUUGCAGCAGUCCGGAUAUUGUCUCUGUUGGAGAGGAUGGCCGAAUAAAUGUUUUCAAAGCUGACAGCAAAGACAUAGUUAGAACAAUAGAUGAUGCAGACAGCAGUACCAUGCAUGCAGUAACUUUUCUCCGUACGACGGAGAUCUUGACUGUCAAUUCCAUUGGGCAGCUGAAGAUGUGGGACCUUAGACAACAGGGCAAUGAUCCGACACAAAUAUUCUCUGUAGCUAAUGAGAGGGUCCCCUUACACUGCUUGAACAGGCAUCCAAGUCAACAGCAUGUUGUAGCAACAGGUGGUCAAGAUGGCAUGCUAUGUAUUUGGGAUGUUAGGCAGAGCAAAAUUCCAGUAUCCUUGCUCAGCGCUCACGAUGCAGAAAUGUGGGAGGUUCACUUUCACCCUUCAAAACCAGAUCAUAUAUUUACAUGUUCUGAAGAUGGCUCUCUUUGGCACUGGGAUGCAUCAACUGAAGCUGCUGAAAGACCUAACUUUCUUGUUGGAGGAAGAGGAAAUUCACAUUUGUCCCGUAGCACUUUAGGACAGUCUGUUAACCAGUCAUUAAUGACAGCUUGGCUCAGCAGUGAUCCCACAAAAGGACAUCUUGAGAUUACCAACCUGAUGCCCUCCUCCACAUUGUCUGUGAAUAGCCUGGAUGUUCUAGGAGAAUACCUUGUCUGUGGCACUGAUUCAGAGUCCAUCUAUGUCUUCAAAAACCUGUUUACAUAGUUUGUCAAACACAGUGGACUAGAAUAUUUCAGGGAGUCCUUUUUUUUUUUUUUGAUCUGUAUUUUGCUACGAUUAAACAUUUUCUAAUAAU